UUAUUCGAGCUUCCCAGCUUGUAAGCGCAAAGUUACGUAGGUGUCUCGAAUGUCAUGAAUGUCCUGUGCCGGUGUGAAUCGUGUGAUCUCUAGGCUUGCGCUUCUGGACUCGCCGUAUCAUAAGUAACAAAGUGUUUAAAAUGAAUGUUGUGACCCUUGUAAGAAAGCUCCCCAAGCUUUCUUACCAGAACUCUUUAUUGGGAGCGGUGACUCUACGGGCUUUCAGAUGCGAUCACCUCUACGGAAAGCACGCUCAACCAAUUGUUUCCCGUGUAUUGCAAAGGAGCUACUUGUCAACGUCGACGGCUCGGAAACAGAAUAACGGCGAAAAGAGCAAGACCCUUGUCUACUUGGGCUCCAUUCGCUCCACAGUAAAAAUGGUCAAAGGCCUGUCCUUGACCACCAGCUUUCUUGGUAUUCUGGCGCAGCCCAUUUUACUUCAGAAGCUAAGUGGAGCAUCACUUGGUGCAACCGUGAUCGUGGUGUCAUGUGCAUCAUUCUUUAUAUUCGUCACUCCGCUGAUGCUGCACUACAUCACCAGGAGAUAUGUUACUGAACUCACGUACGACCCUGACACAAAGGAAUUUAAUGCAACAACAUUGAGCCUGUUGAACCGCAAGAAACACAUGAGCUUUAUUGCUGAUGACGUAAAAGUGCCUACCAUCCCCGGCCCAUUCACAACCCUUCUCGCUAAAGGCCGCCCAUUGUUUGUGGAGGUGCAAAACUUCCAGGACGCUGGAGCCCUGGAACACUUGAUGGGCUAUGACAAGCCCAUUGACCUACAUGUGAAGUUGCCAUGCACACAAGAGGAGCAGACGCAAACGGAAAGGAAACAGCCAGCACAGUGCAGUGAUAAAAAAUCUUGAUGUGUUAGCAACAUUUCUUCUGCAUCACUAGGAGACAUGUCCUCUGAAACUUCCUUGUUACCUAUUCAACAAGGACCCAGUGUGUUGAUGCUUUUCUACUGGCUUCAUGUGACUUUCAAAUGCACAAGCAAUCUUCUUCAGCUAAUGUAACAGACCUUACUCCAUUCCCCUAUGGCAUAUGCCUUUCCUUUAUUUGUUGUGCAAACAUUUUUAAAUUUUGUUCCAAAACAUCAUGUUUUGCCGUAAUGUUGAAGGCCAUCUGACUUGGGUAUAUCAGUGAAGUGCACUUUACAUGCAUUUAGUAAGUCUGUCAGCAUUACAUCAAUGGAAAUAUGUUACAUACAUGCUUAUAGAUAUGUACAGAAGGGUUUUUCCUUCUGAGGCUGUGCAUUAUCAUGUGCUUUCAGAGUUGUUGGGCGUGUAGUGAAUUCAGUACAUGACACGUAUAAAAAGUACUGUAUUGUG